AUGGACCGCGUGAUGGAAUUCGCGGAAACCGUUGCAAUGCGGUCCCGCCGCACGGCGGCCCGGCUGAAGGAUGCGGUCUACCGCGGUAUCGAGAAAACGCUCGACGAGGGGCUUGAGAUAGAGCGCGCCCAUAUCGUCGAGAUGCUGAAAUCCGACGACUACAAGGAGGGGCUCACCGCCUUCGCGGAACGCCGCCAACCCGUAUUCGACUGA